ACACCGUAUCUAGAAGAAUGUUGCAUAGAUAUUGAGGCUAGUGAGAGGAAGGGGCUACCGAUAGGGAGGGGGAUAAUUUCAUGACAUAUUUAUAGAUGGAAGUGGAUGAACAUGUGGCUCCAGGAGAGGUAAGAGAAAGUCCAGAUGGUUGCCCAGACGACACGUGUCAUGUGGACCUGCUGGCAGCGAUACACGCUAAUGACAUCAGCUGCGUAAUUUGUGUUCUAGAAUCAGGAUGUCAACAAGUGACGCUGGACUCGGGUCUUUGCUGGGCCAGUCGCUAUGGCAAUAUUGAAAUGGUGUCGCGUCUGCUUGAAAAAGGGGCCAACCCAAACGCUGUGGUAUGGGGUGGUUUUAGUCCUUUAAUUUGGGCAACGAUAUAUGCACCAACGGUUGAAACCAUUUUGAAUCUCAUUGUAGCUGGAGCCGACGUCAACCAUUCCAGUGCAAAACGGCGACAGACGGCUUUACACGCUGCAGUUAUACGUGACAAAGUGGAGUUUGUAAGCGCCCUUGUGGAGGGUGGUGCAAAUCUCGACUCACGUGACUACUUGCACAAGACGCCGCUUAUGCACGCAGUGCAGCGUGGAGCCACGUCAUGUGUCAAACUGCUGAUCUACUAUAAUUGUGACGUCACGCUGACGGGAUGGGUGGAUGGAGUUAGCGUAUCUCCAUUAUUGCAAGCCUUAGCUAGCGGAGAUCUUGAAAUUACACGCGUUCUCGUUCUCGCAGGGGCUCGAUUUGACCGCCCGACAAUUUCCCAGACUUUCACUUUUGGGGAAUUUUAUGCCACUCUCGAGAGAGAACUAAAGCUGGAGGUACGGCCAGUUUACCUACAACAACAUUGUAGGGUUAGAAUCCGCCACCUUUUGAAGCCUGGAUUUCUUGACAAACUCAGACAGAUUGGGUUACCUCCCCUACUCCAUCGCUACCUCCUUAUCGACGAGAUGGACGUUUGAUCUUCAAAGGCACUAGAUGUGUUGGCGUUAUAUUUUCGUAAUGCAUUUAUUAAUUAUUUUGAAAUUAUGAAAAAUAUCAGGGAAACAUUAUACACAUAUGAAUAACGUUAUAAAUGAGUGUGAGUUUUUUAAAAGUCAUCCUCGAGACGUUUUUAUCUGAUAUCAGAACAUAUAAAUUGCUACGAAUUUCGUUUUUAUGUGGUUUGUACAUUUUAAGGGUUGACCAGUAAAAAUUCCUUUUGUC